CAAUCGUUGGAGUAAUAAACAAGUAUCUAUGCAUUCGUUUCCCGAAAGUAGAACUAAUCCUCCCAUUGCGUAUUGGUACUUAUCGGGUAUAGAAUAGAUCUGCUUCUCUUUGUUCUUACGAACAGAAUUGUUCCAUUAUUUUCAAUGGAACGGAAUAAAAAUUAACCCUUUCUCAUACGGAAUCUACUGAAAAGGUUAGAUACAUAGUAUAGUCUUUUCCAAUGCGAUAAAAUAAAGUGACAUAGUGUCUAUUUUUCUUUGAUAAAGGGGUAUUUCCAUGGGUUUGCCUUGGUAUCGUGUUCAUACUGUCGUAUUGAAUGAUCCCGGUCGAUUGCUUUCUGUCCAUAUAAUGCAUACAGCCCUAGUUGCUGGUUGGGCCGGUUCGAUGGCUUUAUACGAAUUAGCGGUUUUUGAUCCCUCUGACCCCGCUCUUGAUCCAAUGUGGAGACAAGGUAUGUUCGUUAUACCCUUCAUGACUCGUUUAGGAAUAACCAAUUCGUGGGGUGGUUGGAGUAUUUCAGGAGGAACUGUAACGAAUCCCGGUAUUUGGAGUUAUGAAGGUGUGGCAGGGGCACAUAUUGUGUUUUCUGGCUUGUGCUUCUUGGCAGCUAUCUGGCAUUGGGUGUAUUGGGACCUAGAAAUAUUCUGUGAUGAACGUACGGGCAAACCAUCUUUGGAUUUGCCUAAGAUCUUUGGAAUUCAUUUAUUUCUCUCAGGGUUGGCUUGCUUUGGCUUUGGCGCAUUUCAUGUAACAGGUUUGUAUGGUCCUGGAAUAUGGGUGUCCGAUCCUUAUGGACUAACUGGAAAAGUACAACCCGUAAGUCCAGCGUGGGGCGCAGAAGGCUUUGAUCCUUUUGUUCCCGGAGGAAUAGCCUCUCAUCAUAUUGCAGCGGGUACAUUGGGCAUAUUAGCAGGCUUAUUCCAUCUUAGUGUCCGUCCGCCUCAACGUCUAUACAAAGGAUUACGUAUGGGCAAUAUUGAAACUGUACUUUCCAGUAGUAUCGCUGCUGUUUUUUUUGCAGCUUUCGUUGUUGCUGGAACUAUGUGGUAUGGUUCAGCAACUACCCCAAUCGAAUUAUUUGGUCCCACUCGUUAUCAGUGGGAUCAGGGAUACUUUCAGCAAGAAAUAUAUCGAAGAGUUAGCGCCGGACUAGCCCAAAAUCUGAGUUUAUCGGAAGCUUGGUCUAAAAUUCCCGAAAAAUUAGCUUUUUAUGAUUACAUUGGUAAUAAUCCAGCAAAAGGGGGAUUAUUCAGAGCAGGGUCAAUGGACAACGGGGAUGGAAUAGCUGUUGGGUGGUUAGGACACCCCGUCUUUAGAGAUAAAGAAGGGCGCGAGCUUUUUGUACGUCGUAUGCCUACCUUUUUUGAAACAUUUCCGGUAGUUUUGGUAGAUGGAGACGGAAUUGUUAGAGCCGAUGUUCCUUUUAGAAGGGCAGAAUCAAAGUAUAGUGUUGAACAAGUAGGUGUAACUGUUGAGUUCUAUGGUGGCGAACUCAAUGGAGUCAGUUAUAGUGAUCCUGCGACUGUAAAAAAAUAUGCUAGACGUGCCCAAUUAGGUGAAAUUUUUGAAUUAGAUCGGGCUACUUUGAAAUCUGAUGGCGUUUUUCGUAGCAGUCCAAGGGGUUGGUUCACUUUUGGCCAUGCUACGUUUGCUUUGCUCUUCUUUUUCGGACACAUUUGGCAUGGCGCUAGAACCUUGUUCAGAGAUGUUUUUGCUGGCAUUGAUCCAGAUUUGGAUGCUCAAGUGGAAUUUGGAGCAUUCCAAAAACUUGGGGAUCCAACUACAAAGAGACAAGUAGUCUGAUACAACAUUGCUCUGGUAUCUUUCGCCUCUUUUUUUGAUUUGACAUAGGGUUAGGGUACUGAAGAAAUCUUGACUUGAAUCACCAUCUUUUCUUUGACUCUUUCCUUUUCUUUAUAUGGUAAAUGAUGCCAAAUGAAUAGGUGU